AAGUUUCUGUUUUUUUCUUCAGUCAGUGUGAAAGUUUGUCAGCAGAGCUGGAGCACAGAAAGGAGCUGGACGGAGCACCGGAGAGAAGCUAAACAGCAGAGCUCCGAGGUGGUGGAGGAAUGGGCUGCAGCCACAGCAAGAAAAAGAGCAAAGGCAAGAAAGGAGAGAAGAAACAGAAGGACUGCAGCCGUCAAGAUGGAGGUAAACAUUCAUCUCGUGAGUCGGACGUUUGUCUUGAGAAGCAGCUGGAGCGCUUCGAGUUGCAGCUGAAGAUUUUAAAGGAAGUGCUCUCAGCCAAUGGGAGUUCAGAGAGGGCGGAGCUACUGAAACACCAUACUGAUGAAGAAGUGUGCGCUCUAGUUCUGAGCAUCCUCGAUAAGGUGAGAACAGAGACAACAGCCGAUCUAAACGUUCUGCAUGAACGCAAAAGUAAAGCAGCCGUAGAGGAACAUGAGAGGCACGUUGAAGAGCUGCGAACUAAACAUGAACAGGAGAAAACUCAGCUGACAGACAAGUUUCAGGCGGCUGAAGAUAUCCUCAAGGCUGACGUGGAGCGGUUAACGGCUGAGCUGCAGGUCUACAAUGAUUUGAAGAAACGAGUUGAAGAAUCAACCUUUAAGAAGGACUUGCUGCGAAAUCUUCAGGAGCAUGGCAGCCCAGGUGCAUUCUGGGAGUCUGAGCAGGAGUCUCUGCUCUUUGUUAUUGAGAUGAAGGCUGAGCGUGUGCAGGAGCAAAGCAGGAAGCUGCAGCAGAUGGAUGAGCUGGUGGAGAAGAAUCUCUCUCUGGAGGACCAGAUCGUCCACGUCCUGCAGCAGAAUGAGGACCUGAAGGUUCGGAUAGACAACUGCCAGACUCUCAUUCAGCAGUUUUCAAAGGAGCAGCAAAGUCUGAAGAUGGCGCUGGAGAGACAAAUAGCAGCAAACCAGAAUCUUUCUCAGGAAAAAGAGCAGCUGAUGUUCAAACUGAGACACAGAGAUUCGUGUGCAGCGAUCCACCUGCCAGCCAUGAUGCAGGAGAUUGCUCCCAGAUGACCCUGAACACAUACACGGCUCUCAAAGUGGGACUCUGAAUCACAUGACCUGGGUUCCUGCCCACAGGGACAUCCACCUGGGAUCCAGUUUAAAGUCUCUGGAGCUGCAUUGUGGCGCUUCAGUGCAGGACAUUGAAAACUGGACUCAACAUGUCUGUCUGGCUGAAUCUAUGCAGCGUGCUGUCACGCAGGCUGGUGUUUUUGAGGCUGUGAGGACGUUUUGUACAGAUGUUUAGUUUUUUGUUUUUGUUUUAGCCUUCAUUACAUUGUUGUGGUUUCUAAAGCUGAGAGACAGAAGAAAAGCCAUCAGUCUCUGAUAAUACAAGCUACCAAGUAAAGGGGUUGCAUGCCUUUAAACCCUCAUAAUAGCCAGGUUUAAACUUAGUUUUCUACUUUUUCUAAAAUAGCAACGCAUCUCUGAGAAAUCAUAGCCAGCACAGCGCUUCUUAUUUGUAGUAAAGCUUUAGUUCUUACUACAAAUUUCUCAAACAAUGAUAAAAAAUCAACAAAAUUCUACAGUAUGAGAAGGUAAAACCUGCUUCUUGUAUCAAAUGUUGUACAGUCACUCAACUUUAAGCUUUUAAUAUCACUGGUUUCAUUUUAUUUUGCUAGUGAUUAACCUGAUAAGCCACUGACUUCCACUGAUAAUGUGAGUAAGGCCUUCCUCAUUGGGAUGUCCUUCAUACUCAUCACAUUUAUUUUAUUUUUCUGGUGGAAAAUGCACAUUUUUAUGGUUUAUUUCUCAAUCAGUCAGGGAUUAAAACUUUGAAACAUCUGUCAACACUUUGUCUAAAUCCUCUGGGCUCUGAAAUGAAGUGCCUCGCCUGUCAACAUUCGGACUUUCUACUUUAGUUUCCCACCAGUGGACGUGCCUGUUCUCUGUAGAGCUCAGUGACGGUUUAAAAUAAAGCGGUUGUCACAGAAACCUGACGACAUCAAAGUCUAUAAAGGAUUUUAGUUGCAAAAGGUUGACAGAUGGGAUUGAUCAAUAAUUUUCACUCAGGAACCUUAGAUUGUCGUAGAUGAUACAAUUCAAGGAAUCCGCCUUCGAACGCUCUUAUGCAGAGCUGCCAUAUUGGAUACAGAUUUAGGACUGUUCAAUCUGUGCCUUUAUGCCACUCUGGAAGGUUCGGUACCAUAAAUGGAACCACUGUACUUGGAUUUUCUACGUCCCCCUUUGUGCCUCUGAGAUCUUUUUGUGUUUGAUAGCAGAAAAUCUAUUUAAAGGCAUAUUGUCAAACAACUGGCCAUUUUCCUGUUUUCUAUUGAGCAGUAUUUUUGAAUUUUCUGCAUCACUAUGGACAUUUUACAUGACUUUGGAAGUAAAUAAAAAAAAUAUCUUGCUUCAUUGAACAAUCUUGAA